UAGUAGAAGUGAGGAGACUUCGGAAGAAAUGAAGGUGUAUUGGAAGUCUCGGCUUCUUUUCAAUCUCACGGGAAGCUCCCGAAUUAUUUAUUGUUUGCUUUCGCUGAAUAAAACCAAGCGUCCACUUAACACCGACACUGAAGCAAACAUGCGCAUUAAGCCAACUUCAUCAACAAAAUGGCCACACUGAAGGAGACCGGUAUCAAAUUUAUUGAGACCCCCGUCGAAAUAAGGGAUCGCCGUGACCAGACACCACCGCCUCAGCACAGCUCGAAAAAGGGAAUUUCGAUCAUUCAAUACGACGCAGCUCUGGAACUCAUCGUCGGCCCCAGCCCGACUCACGCCCUCGUCCUCUCUUCAGCAGAAGCCUCCGCCAAUCCUUUCUUCCACAGCGGAUGCAUCUACGUUCCCUCGCGCAACGAGCUAUGGGCUACUUCCGCACCCCUCGCGGCGUCUGACCCCACGCGACCGCCCACGAUCCUCAUGUCCAAGGUCAUUGUCACACACAAUUCCGCCAAUGACACCCUCACUGCUGAGUGGGCGAAGUUGCGCCCGCCGCCAGCGAUGUCGAUGCCCGCGAGCGGGUGCGUCGUCGGUGACGACAGGAUGAUCUGGUGCUCGCAGGGGACCAUGGCUCCCGAGACGGGCAGCGUCCUCUUCAUGCCCGCCGGCAGACCGCCCCGGGUUGUGGCGUCAACAUACUACGGGCGGGACUUCAACUCGCCGCACAGCGCCGCAGUCUCGUCCCGCGACGAUGGCAUCUGGUUCACGGACCCGUGCUGUGGGCAUGAGAAGGACUUCCGGAGCCCGCCGCAGCUUCCACCGCAGAUCUAUCGAUGUGACGCCAAGACGGGCGAGGUUAGGGCCAUGGCGGAUGGAUUCAUUCGUCCCACAGGAAUCGCGAUUGAUGAUGGCUCUUCGACGCUCUAUGUUGCGGAUUCCGGAGGUGUUCGAAUUGAUGGCAGUCUCGACUUGAAUCAACCACGGAGUAUAUACGCCUUUGACAUGGUGAAGCGGGGUGAAGCUGUCUUUCUCGCUAAUAGACGGACGUUCGCCCUCGCUCGAAGAGGUGCUCCUAUGCACCUCAUGUGUGAGAACAGCAACGUGUGGGCUGCUUGCGGCGAUGGAAUUGAGAUUUGGAACAGCGGUGGUUCACUGCUUGGUGUGAUUCAGGUGCCGGGCGGUGUUAUGAGCUUCUGCCGUGGACCUGAAUACAGUCUUUACCUCUGCGCGGGACAGAGGUUAUGGAAACUUCAGCUUUCAGGGAGACAAGGGAAUCAUUCAGCGGCCAGCAGCCCGGAACUACUAUGAAUAGCGUGUAUGGUCUGAUCAGAGGUCUAAAGAGUCAACCUGGGGAUUUUCUACAUUGCAUAACCUUGAACACCCGUGAUAACUAAUGCUACCUCAGACCAAUAGUGCAUAUUCCCGUGUUUCAAUGUGAACACC